UUGUAAUCUAUCAAACAUAUAAAAAUGUAGAAGAUAAAAACAUUGAAGCGUUGUAUAAAUUUCCAAUUUAUGAAGCUGCAGCAGUUUGUAAUUUUGAAGCAGAAAUUGAUGGCAAAUAUAAAAUUAAAGGUGUUGUGAAAGAAGCAAAACAAGCUGCCUCUGAUUACAAAGAAGCUGUUGAGAAAGGGCAUAGUGCUUAUUUACUUGAAGAACAACUUUCAGAUGUAUUCCAAUGUUCAAUUGGGAAUCUAAAAAGUAAUCAGACAGUAGUCAUCAAAAUCACCUAUGUCACUGAGCUUAAACAUGACUCAGAGAAUGAAAAAAUACGAUUUGUUUUACCAACUUGUAUUGCAGAAAGAUAUGGAUCUUCUUCUUCAACAGCUAAUGAUG